CACACACACAAUAUUAUCGACACAUCCGAGGCAGGAGUACAGUCGAGGAGAACACAUUGAAGUGUCUAAAAAAGCUUCUUCUGUGAGAGGAAACGAGAGGAAAAACAGAAAAAAGGAAACAGAGGAAAUCCCCCGAAAGGAAAUGCCAAUCGCAGCCGCUGGACAGCCAACGACUCGGGAGCCCAGAGUUUGCCCCCGGCUGCCCUCCACCCCGGAGCCUGUCCCUAAAGGGGCUGAUUUAUUCGACGAGGCGGGGGCGGCGGAGUCGGCGGAGCGGACAGACUACGGGGGCGCAGAGGGGGGCAGAGGACUCGGAGGCUAUAGUUACAGCCAGAGCGGCGCUAGGGGCUUUGUACAGCCCGGAUCCACCAACAGCUCUCCACCGCAGUCCCCAGCCGCGUCCUCCUCUUUUCUCUUCCACCCCCUUCACGCCCACCAAAUGGCCAUGGAGCCCCCAAGGACUCGAUCGCGUUCUCGGUCUGGAUAUUACCAGCAGUACGGUGGUGGGAAUGGUAAUGGGAUUACAGGCAGUGGAGUCAUGGGAUCUAACCAUCACCACCACCACCAUAGCCACCACCAUCAGCAGCAGCAGCAGCAACUGCAUCCACAGCAGCAACACGGUGCCGGCUGCGCUCCGCUCGGAGCUCACAGCACCCACCCGGACAACCAGCAGCGAGCCCCGGGAAGUAACACCCCUCCUGGCAUUCAGAGGCUUUCUUCGGUUCCCGGAGCGCACCGCAUCCCGGCAGCAGGAGCCUCCGGCGGGUCUUACCACUGCCACCCAGACCAUGCAUACGGAGAGGAGAGCGAUAAGAGUGAGGAAAGCCCCAGUCCAAAGCGCCAGAGGCUGUCCAGUCAGUCCGUCUUGGAACAGUUGACCUCAUCCGCCCCCCCACCAUCCACCCCUUCUCCCCCCAUCCGCCCCUGGGAAUCAGGACCCCCAAGUCGGAGACAACCUCACCCCCACACGCACUACCACCAAGAGAGAUGCCUCACCCCCGCUCGGCACAGACGCAGCCCGCCAGCAAGGCGACAGCGCGGCCGACUCUCCAGACCCGCCCGUCACUUGCCUCCCCAUCACCACCCCUCCACCCAAGGCCCCGCACCUCGCCUGUCACCGUCGGAGCUCCAGGAUGAAAACUACCACCAUAGCCACCACCCCUCCACACACCAGACGUACCCGACGCACACCCCCAGCUCCUACGGGCAGCCCCCCACAACCGGAGGCGGGGUGGCAGGUACCGAAGAACCCCGAGCUUUCCACCCCCCCACCUUGUCCCCACGGCUACUGCACCCAGCUGCUCACCACCACCAUCACCAUCAUCAUCAGCAACAACAUCACGCAACGCAACAGCAGCAAGGAGCCAUGGUCAUGGACUUACAUGAACAGCUCCAGCAGGGCAGCGUACCAGUCUCCUACACGAUGACCCCAGUCCCUCCUCACGGCCUCGCAGCACCUUUGUGCAGCAGUCAGCAUCUUCCCCCUACCUGUUCUUCACAACAACAGGUCCCCGCCUGCAGUGUGGUCUUCAGCACUGGACAACACUACCACCCGAUGCUACAGGCGUGUUCAAUGCAACAUUUGCCAGUGCCCUACGCCUUCCCCUCGCUGCUGUCCAGUGACCCUCAGUUCCUGCUUCCCCCUCCACCCCACCUCUCUCAUCACCCGCCCCACCUCCCCACACCCGGACAGUUCCUGCCUUUCCAAACGCAACAGCCAAGAUCGCCCUUACAGAGGAUCGAAAACGAGGUUGAGCUUCUUGGGGAGCAGCUUUCGGUGGGCGGAGGCUUCAGCUACGCCCACCAUCACCACCACCACCAUCACCACCAGCCUCCCUCCACACUACCGCCCUCCACGCCACUCCAGUUCCUCUCGCACCAUGACCCCUUGUCACAGGAGCUCUUUACAGUGCCCUAUCCUCACUUUAUGCCUCGCCGAUUCACAGGCCGGCGUUACCGCUCUCAGCAGGCUGUUCCCCCGUCACCAUACCACCCCAGCUUCCUGCCUUAUUUCCUGUCGAUGCUUCCCGUCCCCCCAAAUGUUGCCCCCACUAUCAGUCUAGAACUGGAUGUGGAUGAUGGAGAGGUAGAGAACUAUGAGGCCCUGCUGAACCUGGCGGAGCGUCUCGGAGAGGCGAAGCCCCGUGGUCUAACUAAGGCAGACAUAGAGCAACUCCCAUCAUACAGGUUCAACCCCAACAACCACCAGUCUGAGCAAACACUGUGUGUGGUGUGUAUGUGCGACUUUGAGUCUCGCCAGCUCCUAAGGGUCUUGCCCUGUAAUCACGAGUUCCACGCCAAGUGUGUAGACAAGUGGCUUAAGGCUAACCGGACCUGUCCUAUCUGUCGAGCCGACGCCUCUGAGGUCCAGCGGGAUUCUGAGUGACCUCUUUUUACUUGUACCGACACAUCCACAAUCUCCCAUUGGAUGCACCGACUACACAACAGUUAAACUUCUCUCCUUUUUAUCAUUCACCUCCACCUGAUACAUUCUGCCACAUAACUGGGACCAGCACUCCUUACUCCUUCACUCUUUAUCCUCCAAGACACAGUAACUCUCACCUGGGAUCUGCAUUUAGGGCUGGGAUCUGCAUUUAGGGGUGUGGAAACUUCCUACUGAUUGUGCUCACUUUAUUGCUGGACUUCCUAGGCCUUGGACUUGGACUCUUUACGCCCCUGACUACUCUGCCUUCUGCUCAUGGUUACUCCAUAAAAUGAAUGGCCUUUGAAACACAUACACACAUUGGACAUACUGUAUGUACAUUUAUUUUAUUUUUUCCAUUUCAAAACUGAUGUGACCCUGAUGAAAAGCGUCUGUAUUAGUUGUACUAGCUAACCCCCGAGGGAGAAUUGGCAGUCCAAAGAUUUGAUGAUAAUUUGAUUUGUUUUCAUUCUGGUUAUAAUCAAGUACUCACAUCUUUGCUUGCAGAGACCUAUCCUUUUCUCUAGACUCGUUUAACUGACAGAAUCAAUCCUUUUUAAUUGCUGUAUGUGUAUAGCAUUCCUCAUCGUGAAAGCUGUGUGUGUGUGUGUGUGUGUGUGUGUGUGUGUGUGUGUGUGUGUGUGUGUGUGUGUGUGUGUGUGUGUGUGUGUGUGUGUGUGUGUGUGUGUGUGUGUGUGUGUGUGUGUGUGUGUGGUGAAACAGAUUUUUGAUUUUUUGGUGUCAAAAAGUGAGCAACUUUGGAACAGUGAUAAAUACACUUUAUUUUCUCUAAAUGCGUGUGUGCACCAGUGUGUUAUGCGCCUGCCUGUGUUUGUGUGUGUGUGACAGAUACUCCUCCUGUGGUAUUUAUACAGUUCAUUGGGUACAAUGCAUUGACUUCCUAAAUCCUGUUUUUAGCUAUUUCUCUACUUAAGAUUGAUUAACACUCACUAGAGGUUGAAGGGGAACUUCAGACCUUUUGUGGGCCUAUACACCAAUAGCUGAAGAUUCUUGUAUCAAAAUGAAACAAAGUUUUGGACCAGGAUCACCUCUAGGGAAGUUGGCAAUGCUCUUGUGUCAUUAUUCUUUUUCUUUUUUUUCUAAGUCAACUCGCACAACUUUGACUCCAUCACUCCAUGUUUGUGCAUCUACUUUGUUCUUGUCUUAACAUGUAAAAGCUGGAGGCUUUUAAGAGACUUCCACAUCUUUUUUUUUCUGUUACAUUAUUUCCUAACUUAACAGAUCAGGACUAUUUAACUGUCUAGACAUAUCCACUAACCUCUCUCCUAAGGCACAUUCAUGUGAAUACAGUUGGAUCUUUUAGAGACGGUUAGGUGGACACAAAAACAUUAAUUUAAAAAAGAAAUCACCCAAACUUUCAGUCUUGCUCAGUGUUGUAGCUUUCUUAUGGUCCUUUGAAAACAUGUUUCUAUAUCUGUCUUUGUAACCGUGCUGCUUUUUCAGAUCUGUGUUGGCAGAUAUAGAGGCAAUGUUUUCUCCAUCAUUGACAGGGAACAAGUGUGAAGAAACUUGUAAGGUCACCGCUAAAUCUACUAUGUUUCACCAGAUGGUGGAUUUGACACUUUAGUGCUUUAAUAUUUAGACGCAAGACCUACACACUCCCUUGUCAUUCUGAACAAACCACAGAUUUGAGUUUUCCACAGUUCAUGUGUGUAUGAGAACAAAUAGUUGAAUGCAUCACAUUAAUAUACGUUCUCCACUUAAACUUUAAGCACCUACAGUAUCCCAAUAUGUCCCUUUAUAUUCUCACUGCACACUUGUUUAUUUCCAGAGGUUUUUGGGACUCUGUUUCUAAAUAAUAGUUCAUCUCUGUAAGGCUUAUGUCAAACUGCCAGAAGUCUAAGAUGUUCACCUCAAGCACAGGACAGGCUUUCUAAUGUAAUUUAUCACUAUUUAUCACAUUUUGGUAUUUUGUGUCAAGAUGGCAACCUAACAUAAACCUUACAGAGACCGCAUAAACUCAAGUGUGUUGUGGAAAGUUCAUUCAGGCACCUGCAGUGUCUUACAUGUUAGAUGCCUUUUAUUAAACGUCCAUGUUCUCCAGGUACAACUUGUAUCUACUCAGUGUCAACACACCAGACUAAUUCUGUUUAUUAGUGUCCAGAAAGAACAUAAUUUUUUCUAUAACUCAUCUUCAGUGUUGUAUAAAGUCAUGUGAUAUCCACGGUAACGGAGGGAAAUGGUUUUCUGUCAUCUUUUUUUUUUUUUGGGGGGGGUCAAAGGUCAUAUUUGUGACUGUAUGCAUCCAUUUUGUGUCUUAGGAUUGUUUUGUGUUGGACAGUUUUCUGUUGCUUGGUACACUAGCAAUUACCUCAGUCCCACUUAUUUAUGUCUUUUCAGAAUAUGGCGCGAUUAGUCCUUAUCAAUUUAUUUUGCUAAUCUUUUCCAUGCAAGUCGUUGGGUUGUUUGAAUUUUUUUUUUUCAUUUUAAACUCUAUGAAACUCUAUCAUUAAAAAGGUGUCAUAGUAGUUUCAUUAUGUAUUAUAUCUGUAACCAAAAUCAUUUGAAGGCCUGUUAUGAUGAUAAUGAAAUUUUUAACAAACAUUUGUACAUUUUGUAUGAGAGUAAUUACUAGUAAUACUUUAUUAAGUAGUGCAAUGAUUUUUUUUAAUCCCUUACCCUGUCUUUUGGAUUUCAAAAGCUGGCUCAAUAAUAAA